AUGGUAGAAAGAGAAGGAAGGAAGUCGGUCCUCGCAUUCUUCAAUGGGUCGGAAGGACGAGCUGAGGGCCGGACGCCUACGAAAGGCAAACAUUGCACAACAGAGACCCCUCAUCCAAUGCCCCAUCUUCCGCUCGUUAUCACGGCCAUCCUCAAGAAACCUUUGUCGAAACCAGCGAAUGUUCAGGCUACGAUGGCGUUCUCUGUCGCUGGCUCGCAAGCGGGAGGUAAUGGCGCACACUGCAGGAGUUCCUCUGAACUUCCGCUACUUCAACGCAGAGAGGCGCAUAUUCAGUUCUACGCGGGUAUGGGAGACGCACUGAUUCGGUCACGAUUCUCACUGGACAUCAUACAAUUGGUGUACAUAUGGACUGUGACGACCCCUCGGCGCGAUGGAGCGCUCCAAAGCGCUAUCGUCAUACACGAAUUCACGCAUGGAAUCACUAACCACCUCACCGGUGGCGGGACGGGGCGAUGCCUACAAACAAUCGAAGCCGCCAGAAUGGGCGAAAUCUGCUCAGAUGCUAUGGCAGAAUGGACCGAACACAGAGACUCUGCCGUGCCAGACUACGCUCUAGCAACAUGGGUAUUCAACAAUCCCACCGGCAUCCGAACACACUCGUACUCUACCGAUGCAUCCGCUUCUAUCCAGACUUUGCACACGAAGUCCACGAUAGUAUGGGCAAAUAUCCACCAUAACGUCUACGUCGCGCUCGUCCAAGCGCGCGGGUUCUCUGCAAAAGUGGUGCAGGAUCCUUCAGACCCGGAAGGCAAUAUCGUUCGACUCCAUCUCUUCAUUGAUGCGCUUCCCUCCAGGCAUGUAGUCCUACGUGUGACCAUCCCAUGUUAACUAGCUGAUGAGUAUACCGACAGCACCAAAUGCUCGAGACGACGUGGAUACAAGUCGAUUAGAACCAAUACGAUGGAGCUGAUAAUUGUAUCCUAUGGAACAUUUUGUCAGUCGUGGCUUGGACGCGAACGCAACAAAUUAUGUGGACGAUACGAGCGUUCCAAGUGGAUGUUAAGUAGGAUCACCAUGGCUGUCUAUUAUUUAAAAACAGAAUGAGACGCUUUUUCAAGCCACAUACGGUGUACCUCAGCGGUUGCGUGAUUCGAGAUAUCCGGCUAGAUCCGUUC